AGUUUUGAUAAGCCGAGUUGUAGCACAAAAAAAAACUCUAGGUAAUGUCGAUAAUUCUGUCGGAUAAAUCCAAUUGACGCAUUUUUUGAACGAACACAUCGAAUUGGCCAAUGUUCAGCAGUGACGUAGCUUUGGCCCGUAUUUCAUUUACGUUUUACACGUGUAUAGCUUAUGAUCUAACAGUAUUUUGUGAAUCACAAAAAUAUCAGCGUACCGCGUCCUGUUGGACAGUGUACUGUUAAAGAAAAAUUGGAGUUUUUGGAAAAUCGCAUCAUGUAAGUUCGUUGUAAGAAACAACAGUGAUUUUUCAUAGGCUUUUAGUUAUAAUUAAAAAACAAUCAUAGAAAUAUGGAUACGAUGGACAACUACGACAUGCCCGGAGAUUUUGACAUUGCUGGUCUCGACGAUCUUUUACAAGACUAUAAUGUGGAUAUGCCUGAAGUGAAUACCAAAUUGUUUACGGACGACAACAUAUUAUCCGAGUUUGACGAUCAAAUGGAUUUGUCUCUACCGAUGGGAGAUUUUCCUUCGCUUACCUUGCCUGCAACUGAUCAACACUAUCAGUUAUCUCCACCACAAGUGACAGCUUCGCCAAUAACGAAUAACCAAACAAUACCUACAGUUGGGAUUAAACAAUGUCCAAAGAUAGUACAGAUAAACAAGCCUAAUCGCAAAUUAACUGAAAAACCAAUUCAACCAAAUUACCAGGUUAUUGAACCAAAUGGUACUACAAAGAUUCAAUACAUACAUAAAGCCGGAACAAACACUUUUGUACCGGUUCAAAGCGUGAACCAAAUUCACUUGCCUGCAGAUCAAAUGAAACAAGUAUUCAUAAAUGCACCACUGAAUACGCAGCCCACAGUGAUGUAUACAUCAACAACCGCUCAAGGCCAGCCUAUAAUUUUAAACAAUGCAGCAUUUGUUACGACAAGUAUACCCGUUAUGAAUAUGAUUGAUUCAGAAAAUAUUUCAAUUAACGGUAAUAGCGAAAAGGGUUUCUUUAAAGACGGUAAGCCAAGAAGUUCACAUAAUGUUAUUGAAAGAAGAUAUCGAACAAGUAUAAAUGACAAAAUUAUGGAGUUGAAAAACAUGAUUCUCGGACCAGAAGCUAAACUUAACAAGUCAGCAAUACUCAAAAAAUCUAUAGAUUAUAUUAAGUAUCUGGAAAUGGCGAACAAAAGAUUAAAAGAUGAAAACCGAUUAUUGAAAUUAGCGGUUUCCAAAAGUCAGCCUGUAGUUCAUAGUCCUUGUUCUACUAUUUCACAUGAAGAAUACAAUAUUCCUGGUUCGUUGACUCCUCCGCAAUCUUAUGUGUCUGUUUCAUCUCCAGAAAGAUCAGACGGUGCCUCUUCGCCUCCAACGUCGCCCGAAAUUGUUAUGAAUACUCAUCAAAACUUGAAAAAAGGCAUGACUGACCAUUCGAGGUUAGCCCUUUGUGUCUUCAUGUUUGCAGUUAUCGCUUUUAAUCCAUUUGGAAAUCUAUGGUCUAACAAUAUGCCAAAUGUUCAGACAUCGUGGGCUGAUAAAAUAGAUGGAAGAACUAUAUUAAAUGCUAAAAUGGAUUCUAAACCAGACAUGGGUCAAAAUUACAUGUUAACAAUUGCUAUUUGGGCAUUAAAUAUCCUUGGUACGGUUAUAUGCUUAAUUUUUCUACUUAACAACGAUCCAGUUGUAUAUUCAGACUCGGAAAUAUACAGAGAUUAUAUACAAAGACGAAAACUUGCAGAGAACUAUUUAAGUAAAGGCAAUAGAAAAUUGGCCGUGCAUGAACUCAUAAAAUGUUUAGAUAUUUUUGGUCGACCUUUAUGGACAAGUCGAAAAAAACUCUGGGCAUCUCUAGUAUGGCAAAUUAUUAGACAAUUUUUACACCAAUUCAAAGGAGUUCUGCUGUUGAAAAAAUUUAAUACUUCAAUAUUUGGAAACUCAAACAAGAAACAUGAUAUGCUAAAUACAGCCAAACAACUAAGUGAAGUCUAUCAUUUACUGCACAAUUUGUAUUUAAUUGGUGGGCUCGAUUAUCAAAUACCCAAUAUUCAUUUGGGUACUGGACUGUACUUGGGCCUUUGCUCGAUUAAUAUGGCUGAAGCUGCCGGACGGCAAGUGGUGUCGGCUGAAACUCGUGUGCGUUUGUACUCUACAAUGGCUUUGAAUUUUAAAACAAUAACGUUUAAAGGCGCUGGAUUUUUUACGAGAUAUUAUUUACAUAAAGGCCAAAACCAAGAAGUAAACUAUAACAGAUUGCCAGCAAAUUUAAACUGGCUUACAACAGACUAUGGAUCAAGGUUUUUUUUCGAUCAUACUUGGAAAUUUACUCCGAACGCAGCCGAAUCAUCUUUUACAACUCUAUCAGAUUUAAAUGAUCCUUUGGCAUAUGUCACUAGAACUUUUAGAGAUAAAACAUUGGAAAAGGCGUUACAAACAUUAAUAUCACCGGGUACUCGACAUAUUGUUCAAGCUGAGGGUCACACUAAACAGCCAACAGUUACUUCUGACGUUCUUGUUUAUGUUCAAAGAAUUGUAGAGUCCAAUUUCAUUACAGUCAAACCCAGAGUAAUUGGAAGUUCGGAAAUAAAUGUGGUUGAAGACGAGAAGGCGGCAUGGUGGGCUACGUUGUUUGCGGCUGGAACAUAUUGGAUUUUAGGUGAAGACAACCGUACAGAGUUGCUUGAUAAACAUAUUUCCACUGUUCCCCAAAGCUUGUUGGUCGAUCCUCUAGCUCAAGCUACUCUUGCUGCCUACAAAUGUCGAAGCAAAGUCCAAACAACCAAGCCUAGAAUUUUGGAGCACCACUGCCAAGAGGCCAGUAAAAUGCUAUCGGAGACAUUGAUCUUACUACAAACUAAUAAACCGCCAGCUAGUGUUAUUAUGACUCUACUGUUGGCGAGUGACUGGUUGUUGGAAACGAGAAUGUUAUCAUGGCAAGAAGAAUGCAAGAAAAUGCCAGCGGGCUUUGUAAAUGUGGACUUUAUGAACUUAAAGAGUUUUCAAGAAGAUUUGACAUCGUUGAGAAAAAUUGCACAAUUUGUUAGAUUUGCCACAGCCAAAGUUUUCUUGUACGAGGCAACAGCUCGUUUAAUGGCAGGCGCAUCACCCACGAAAACACAACAAUUAUUUGACCGAAGUCUUAGGCACAGAUCAACGCGACAUUUCAUGAUUUGUACAAAAAGUAAAGGCGAAAAACGUCCAAUCGGUUUAAGAGAACACGCAACGGCACUUUUCAUGGCGUGUAAACAUUUGCCCAUGUCUCUAUUGUCGCCACCAGGUAUCCGAGCCGGUAUGUUAGCUGAGGCAGCACGAACAUUAGAAAAAAUUGGUGACCGCAAAAAUCUUUUGCAGUGUUACAAGUUAUUAAAAUCCAUUACGACCAACUCGUCUGUAACCGACUGACUCCUGUUUCUAAAUUUGUUAAUAAAAUGAUUUGUAUUUUUUUUAAAUGUUAAGUUACCACAUGAUGUCAAAAUAACAUUCAUAUUAUUAUGUAUUUAUAUUGUUUAUUUUAAAAUUAGUCCGACUAUACCCUAUUAUGUUUAUCUACUUUUUUAUCUAAGACAAAUACAUUAUAAGUAUUUUAUACAUUUAAAUAAAUAUUCAAAAUAGCCA